GGUCAAUCUAGAUUCUAGUCAACCGAGUGGUACAAUCGUCUCACACUGUUUUCCACAGCGUGCCCAUUGUUUCUGUUACGAGAACUUCUUGCGAAGUCGUUUUUUUGUUGGUAUGAUUGCAGAUUUCCAUUUCUUUGCAGUUUUUGGUUAAUUUACCGUGCGUUUUGAACAAAUUUUGUAUCGCUUUCAAGACAUUGCUGGCACGUUCACCAUCAAGGCAUCACUCGUUAUUGUUAGCAGAAGUUGCAGAACCACACUUCACCAAUGUGGUUUGGCAAUGUUGCCAUAUAACACGAUCUCGCUGUCAAGCCCUGCAGAUGUGCUCAUCGAACUUUGUAGCACUGAAAGGAUGACAUCGACAGAGCUGCGGGUGGGAAAUAAGUAUCGACUAGGAAGGAAAAUUGGUUCCGGAUCGUUUGGUGACAUCUAUCUCGGUACGGAUGUCACGACCGGAGAAGAAGUUGCCAUUAAGUUGGAAUACAUCCGAACUAAGCAUCCGCAGUUGCACAUCGAGAGCAAAUUCUACCGAAUUAUGCAAGGAGGAGUGGGAAUACCUAUUAUAAAAUGGUGCGGAGCGGAGGGCGACUAUAACGUGCUGGUUAUGGAGUUGUUGGGGCCUAGUUUGGAGGAUCUGUUCAACUUUUGCAAUCGCAAAUUCUCAUUGAAGACUGUGUUACUUUUGGCUGACCAAUUGAUCUCACGAAUUGAGUUUGUCCAUAAUAAGAACUUUAUUCAUCGCGAUAUAAAACCGGAUAAUUUUCUCAUGGGUCUCGGUAAAAAAGGAAAUCUUGUGUACAUUAUCGACUUUGGUUUGGCAAAGAAGUAUCGGGAUCCACGAAGCCAUCAACAUAUUCCUUACCGAGACAAUAAAAACCUGACUGGAACCGCACGAUACGUUUCCAUCAAUACACACAAAGGAAUCGAACAAAGCCGGCGUGACGACCUUGAAGCUUUGGGAUAUGUCUUGAUGUAUUUUCAACGAGGAUCCCUCCCGUGGCAAGGAUUGAAAGCCAACAAUAAACGGCAGAAAUAUGAGAAAAUCAGCGAAAAGAAAAUUGGCACUCCUGUGGAUGAGCUCUGUCGUGGUUAUCCCCGUGAAUUCGGUCAGUAUUUGGAUUAUUGCCGCAGUAUAGAUUUUGAUAUGAAGCCCGAUUACCUUUACCUUCGCCAAAUGUUCCGCACCCUAUUUUCCCGUAGCGGUUACACAUACGAUUACAAUUUCGAUUGGCACGCCAAGACAGCUGGCUCUGCUGCUGGAUCCACAAACACGCUAGUUAGGAAGGACGAUCUUCCUGGCCUGAGUACGUCCGGGAAUUCCGGAGGGAGACGUGUCGAUAAUAUGAUCUCGCCAAAGAAUGAUAGCACAGGUUGGAAUGGUGCAUCGAUCACCACGAACCCUGCCACAAGCGGGCUUUCAAAACCGAGUACGGGUAAAACUCCGGUGCCGCCAAUGGGAUCUAAUAAUACUCGCUAUCGUGCGACUAAUUUAGUACGGAACAGUCGAGGUCUCGAUCAGGUCACGCCCGAACAAGCAUCCCGUUUGGCACAACGGGGAAAUGCGAAAACGCAGUACCUGUUCGGCACGCGAUGAUGGGCUGUUGAACUACGAGUUAUUGUGUAUCUCGGACUUCAAAAGAAGUUGUGGCCAUUCCUACUUUCGCGUUAACCUUCGUUGUCGAGCCAGUUGACCUCUACACAUGUUCUGGAACUCGUAGCUUUUCGGCUGUUUAGCCGAACAGUUUGCCAGUACGUGCACGGUUGUUUAGCAUUGAAACAUUUUGUACAACUGGUUUUUGAGUACUUUGAUAUCCUUUGUUACUCACAUUUUGAUGCUGAUGAGAGCUGCAUGUUCAGCACGCUCUUUUUGUUGAUGAUGCGUAAGUGAACUGCUAAAUUCUUACUUUUUGACUACUUUUUUACUUUUCACUGUAUAGUUGCUUGAUGACCUUAAGCUUAUCGUCAAUGGACGCGUGGCUGGUGUCUUAACAUCUUGACGAAUUUCAGAUCAAGAAAUAAUUUCGCCAGAAUACAGGGUUGUUGAAUUUUCUGUGGUCUGCAGUGCCCUGUGACCUGUCUUUUUUAUACCUCUGUCUUUUUUUGUCUUUUUUGUCUAGUUUUUCAUCACUUUAUAUUACCAUAGCAAAAU